AUGCUAACCCUAAUUCUCAUUUUUUCUCUGACUCUCCCUGCCAGCUCUAGCCCGGUGUUGUAUGAAUGGCUUUCUUCUAAAGUAAACUUCUGGCAACAGUUGGCCACAAAAGCCUUAAAUGUCUCAGAUUUUUGCCUGUCCAGUGGGGCCUCCGCCACAGACCUGUUUUCCACCUGUUUAAUUGGCAUUCCAGAACCUCUGGAAAUUUUUAGAAAUUAUACCAUGUUCCAAGACAUCCCAAAGGAUAUGUCUUACAGAGAUCUCUCUAACUGGGGAAGAGUUUCCAUGGACAAGUUGCCCGGCAUGGCUACCAUCCGCCUUGCUCAUGUUCCUCAAGCAGAAAAUUGUUUUCAAAUACCCACCUGCAUCGGUGAGUGCCAUCAGCUUCCCAUUGACAACUCUCUAAAUUGCACACAUAUAGAAAAACUGUCUCAUCUGAAUGCCCAUUUGGUCCUGCCCCCAGGAUGGUUUUUCCUGUGUGGACAGACAGCCUAUGGUUAUCUACCUGCCAAUACCUCUCAAGCCUUGGCAUCAGUGGCAAAGGAAAUGCAUGAGCUGCGGGAGGCUGUAUUAGAUAACAGGGCAGCUAUUGAUUUCCUCCUAUUGAAAAACCACUAUGGCUGUGAGAGUGUAAGGCACAUGUGCUGCUUUAAUUUGACAGACCAGACUCCUAUGAUUCAUAAAUCCAUCGAGGGUUUGAAUGAUUUGGCCUCAGGAAUUAAGGAGACGACUGGAUUCGACCUUAGUUUUCUGACCGACUGGCUCCCUUCUUUAGACUGGUUGAGGAAAGGUUUUCUCCUCUUUCUAGCUGUAAUCCUUUUCCUUCUAAUAAUAAGCUGCUGCUGGUCGCAUUUGCCCGCUCUGUUCCAAAUUUGUCGCAAAAAGAACCAUUCGAACCCCUCUCAGCAGAUGGCCAUGCUGCCGCUGAGAGGUUAUAAUACUUAUGCGGUAGGGCAGGGGCGAAAUGGGCUCCUCCCACUUCGCCCCGCCCUUACCGAGUGGGGAAUAUGAUGACCGAAACCCCGGCUUUUAAAUUAAAUUAAAAAAAAAAAACCCAGCGGAGAGUUCCGCAGAUUGCUCAACAAAAGGAACGAAGCGGGACCGCAGCAGACUAUUAUUAAAAGACUUUUUUUCUUCACUUUCCCCUUCCCUGAACUAAGUAACAAAAUCCCCCAAUAAAAGUAGCAUUUAUUUUAACAAUAACACUCUCUAUCUGGUUAUUUUGUAUCUUUUCUCUGACUCCUUCCUUUGCAUGAAAUCUCUCUCUCUCUCGUCCCUUUAACUCCGGCUGAGAUUUCUCCGCCAUAGAUUAACAUGGCGGUCGAUAUAAAUCGGCUCAUAUCUCUAUCAAAAUUACCCCUAGAACGCUCCUCUUUUAGACCUAACCCUUUCUAAGGCUCCUGACUCGAAGACAACCAGCAGAACCGGAAUCGGUCCGGUUUUCGGCACCUCAACAGCUGACUGUCAAACGGGACCGACGGCUCCUUUCAAGCUAAACUGCUGCCUUAUCCCGGACUUUCCUCUCCCCGCGGAAUGGGUUUAAGAGAUCCCUAGCCCCUUUCUGUGAACUAGGGAUGGGGGAUCGCUCUCUCGCUGGGGAAACAUAGUUCUCCAAGUACCCUUACCCUCUCUGCAGCUGCCAGGGGGUGCCCGGACGGAUGCCCUCCACGUUUCAUUCAUACUUUUCAUGAUUUUAUGAAGGAGAAGAACACUCUUC